CUAUCGAGAUUAAUAGUCAGAUUUACCUUAAUCCCAACAUAAAAUUUACUGAUUUUUUUUUUUUUCUGAGUGGCAGAACGAUCUGCAAAAAUAAAAAGUUCAGAACAGUUAUGGCAAUUUUUAAAAGUGGCAUAAUGAAGGACUUUGAAGAGAAUGGGAAAUUCCUUGCUAGGUAUUAACUGGUAGUCUUUAUUACAAUUUGGUUUCAGUACAAGAUUUGAAAUACCUAUGUUUUAGUUCUAGUACAAGAUUUUAAAUAUAAAUGGAUAGUUUUAGAGUUCCAAACACUGUAAGCCCUUUUAAUAUAAAAUAACCUAAAUUUCUACUAAAGUAAACAUAAGUCAGAGAAGUUAUUGAUUAAUAUCUAAUGCUGGGAAAAUUGGCUGUUGGAAAAGGAGAGGGAUCAGGAUAUAUCCUCACCCUUAAUUGGAAUAAAUUCCAGAAGGAAUGAGUGGUGAAAGUUAAAAAGGAAAACAUAAUCAGAAGAAAUUAUAUAGGUAGAAACCAACAACAGGCUCUUAAAACACUUUCUAAAGCUAAAUGCAAUGGAAAAAUAAGAGAGAAAGAUGGAUAAUAUUUGAUUAUAUAAAAUUUUAAAAACAUUUGUAUGUCAAAACAUAAAGAGAUAUAAGGACACUUUACCGAAAACUUUACACCACAUAUAAUAGACAACAGGUUGCCCUCACUAUAUAAAUAAUUCUUAAAAACAAACAAGACGACGCGGGGACCGGAACAGAGAGACCAGACACCGAGCGGCAGCUUCCCCGAGAUCGAGGGACGCAGUAGCCAGAGGAGAAGAAAGGAACCCCAAUUGGACCAGAUCGGAACCUCUGACCAUUGCCCAUGGCGGCCCUAGGCCCCAGCAGCCAGAAUGUCACUGAAUACAUCGUUCGAGUUCCAAAGAAUACAACCAAAAAAUAUAACAUCAUGGCUUUUAAUGCAGCUGAUAAAGUCAACUUUGCCACGUGGAAUCAGGCCCAGCUGGAGCGGGACUUGAGCAACAAGAAAAUCUACUAAGAGGAGGAGAUGGCCGAGUCAGGCGCGGGCAGCGAGUUCAACCGCAAGCUCCUGGAAGCUCGGAGGAAGAAGCUCGGCAUCGUCCUCAAGGAGUUCCAGCAGGACCAGCCCUGGCUGCUCCGCGUCAAUGGCAAAUCCGGCAGGAAGUUCAAGGGCAUCAAGAAGGGAGGCGUGACAGAAAAUACAUCCUACUAUAUCUUCACCCAGUGCCCCGACGGGGCCUUUGAGGCCUUCCCGGUGCACAACUGGUACAAUUUCAUGCCGCUGGCCUGGCACUGCACGCUCACUGCUGAGGAGGCCGAGGAGGAGUGGGAGAGGAGGAACAAGGUGCUGAACCACUUCAGCAUCAUGCAGCAGUGGCGGCUCAAGGACCAGGAGCAGGACGAGGAGGAGAAGGAGAAGCGCGGCCGCAGGAAGGCGAGCAAGCUGCACAUCCACGACCUGGAGGACGACCUGGAGAUGUCGUCCGAUGCCAGUGACGCCAGCGGUGAGGAGGGUGGCAGAGCCCCCAAGGCCAAGAAGAAGGCGCCCCUGGCCAAGGGCAGCAGGAAGAAGAAGAAGAAGGGCUCAGAUGACGAGGCCUUUGAGGACAGCGAUAAUGGGGACUUCGAGGGCCAGGAGGUGGACUACAUGUCGGACGGCUCCAGCAGCUCCAUGGAAGAGCCCGAGACCAAGGCCAAGGUGCCGCAGCAGGAGGAGGGGCCCAAGGGCGUCGAUGAGCAGAGCGACAGUAGCGAGGAGAGCGAGGAGGAGAAGCCACCUGAGGAGGACAAGGAGGAGGAGAAGGAGGAGAAGGCGUCCACCCCGCAGGAGAAGCAGCGCAGGAAAGACAGCAGCGAUGAAUCAGACAGCUCAGAGGAGAGUGACAUUGACAGUGAGGCCUCCUCAGCCCUCUUCAUGGUGAAGAAGACACCGCCCAAGAGAGAGCGGAAGCUGUCGGGAGGGAGCUCAAGGGGCAACAGCCGCCCGGGCACGCCCAGCACAAAGGGCGGCAGCACCUCCUCCACCCUGCGUGCCGCCGCCAGCAAACUCCAGCAAGGGAAGCGGGUGAGCGAGGACGCCGUGUGCCGCUACCUGACGCGGAAGCCCAUGACCACUAAGAUCCUGCUGAAAAAAUUCCAGACCAAGAAGACCGGGCUGAGCAGCGACCAGACGGUGAAUGUGCUGGCCCAGAUCCUCAAGCGCCUCAACCCCGAGCGCAAGAUGAUCAACGAUAAGAUGCAUUUCUCCCUCAAGGAGUGAGCCUCUGUCCAAUACACAGCUCUGCUCUCCAGAACUUCUCGGGCUCUCACUGCCCCUUUGCCGUCCUGCUCCCUGACUGCCAGGGCCCCAGAGUUAGCAAUUUUGGAAAAGUUUAAGCCAUUUCCUCCUCUGGCCCUUCUGGAAUCUUCAGCUGCCUGGUAGGCCUUCUAAUUGUCCUCUUUCUCCCUGCUCAGCCUCCCUCAUGCUGACCAAGGCCCGUGCUGCCCAGUGGGUAGCAGUUCUGCCUUCCACUUCCUUAGGCCUCUCUUCAGCCGUGACUUAAUCUACCACAUGGCCCAUUAGGUCUUCAGUUUUGGCCAGGCAUGAUAGUGAGUGCCUGCAGUCUCAGCUACCUGGGAGGCUGAGCCCAGGAGUUCAAGCUUGCUGUGAACUAUGUUGGUGACACUGUACUCCAGCCUGGGUGACAGAGCAAGACCCUGGCACA